AUGGCCACCCCUUUGAUGAAUAUUGUUUCCCUUGAAGGGGCCUCUGAAAAUGGCUUCUACUCCAAUGGCAGCGAGCCCAACGGUCCUUACCUCGAUAGCGUCAAGUCCAACGACGCUGUGACGAAAGAUAAGCCACCAGUUCUGAUAGCAAAUAGUACUGUGAAUUCAACCCCAAGAGAUCAUCUUGGUACGAUCUUACAAAUAAAGGCUGAGUCAAAGCCAUGGAUUUCCGAGCGGUGUGUGGACCAAGGAAGGCCUCUCAAGGUCAUUUAUAUAGGCUCCGGGAUAUCCGGGAUUACUGGGGCCAUCGAAUUCUUGAAGCGGGUUCCCGAGCUUGAAUUGGUCCUUUACGAGAAGAAUCCCGAAAUUGGCGGGACCUGGUUUGAGAAUAGAUAUCCAGGUUGUGCAUGUGAUGUUCCCGCCCAUGCAUACCAACUCUCCUUUGAGUCUUCACCUCAGUGGAGCUCAUUCUUUGCAUCUGCUCCCGAGAUCCUCGAAUACUGGAAAGAGGUAACCAAGAAGUAUGAUAUUAGGAAGCUGAUUCGGUUCGAACAAAAGUGCACGGGUGCCCGUUGGAGCGAGACAGUUGGCAAGUGGUUUGUCCAGCUUCAGGAUCUGAAGACCGGUGAUACAUAUGAAGAUUCCUCAGACGUACUCAUGACUGGGGAAGGAGUUCUCAACGAAUGGAAAUGGCCGGACAUCGAAGGAAUCGACACCUUCCGGGGCGAAAUUCUUCAUAGUGCCAACUGGGACCCUCAAAUCUCUCUAAAGGAUAAAUCGGUGGCCGUGAUUGGGUCUGGUAGCAGCGGUAUCCAAAUUGUGCCCGCAAUCUUGCCCGACGUCAUUUCGAUGGACCACUAUGUACGCGGAAGUAAUUGGCUCGGCGGCGCAUUUGGACGGGAUGAGUUUCGAAAGCGAAUUGAAGCGGAAGGUGGAAAUUUUGCAUAUACCGAGGCAGAAAAGAUGAUGUGGGCGAAUGACCGCGACGCCUAUGUGGAAUACCGCCGAGCAAUCGAGUAUGAUAUCAUGAACAAGUUCGGCGUCCUCAUCAGUGGCUCUAAAGAGCAAACAGAAGUCCGCAAACAAACUGAAGCUUCCAUGUUACAGAGGCUCAAAGGCAGCUCCAAGAUCAUGGAUUAUCUGCGACCUGAAUUCUCGCCCUACUGCAAGCGCCUGUCCCCUGGGCCUGGCUAUUUAGAGGCUCUUACAUCCUCCAAAGUCCGCACAAUCACCACCAGGAUCUCGCAUAUUGACCAACAUGGAAUCACCACCACUGAUGGCGUGAAUCAUCCUGUCGACGUUAUAAUUUGCGCUACCGGUUUCCAAACUGCCCCAGGAAGUCGCCGCUUUCCGAUCUAUGGUAAAGGUGGGAUCAACCUGAGAGAGCGGUUUCAAGAUCGGGCUGAGACAUAUUUGGGUAUCUGCACUGAUGGAUUUCCCAACUUCUUUCAGUCUCUGGGCCCGAACUCUAUGCCAGGGGUGGGAAGUCUCUUGUUAGUGAUUGAGAAGACCCAUCAUUAUGUGGGUCAAAUUCUCGCGAGAAUGGCUUACGAUAACAUUGGGCGAGUUGAGCCUAAGCGCAAGGUAGUUACUGCGUUCACUGAUUUUUGUGAUGAAUUCUUCAAGAAGACUGUCUUCGCCGAGGACUGUACAUCCUGGUACAAGGCUGUCAAGCUCGGUGCUACUCGUGAAGAACAAAAGCGAGGGCGCAUCACUGCUCUUUGGCCAGGGAGCAGUCUUCAGUGUGUUAGAGCACUAAGUUCAGUUAGAUGGGAAGACUUUGAGUUGCAGGUUUACGAUGGCAACGAAUUCGGCUGGUUUGGCAAUGGUUGGACUGUGGCGGAGAAAAGGCCUAAUACUGACACGGAAUCGUUAACCUGGUAUCUGAACGAUACAAAGAUUUUUAGGUUCUAG